UCUGCUCCGGCGGGACCCAGGCUGGACCGCGGGCCCCGGCCUGGGGGCCACAGCUGCCACCGCCGCCACCUCGUCUCCUCCCCGUCCCCGCCCCGCCCCGCGUCUCCUCGCCUCACUCGGGCCCGCGGCCGGGGUCCGUCCCCGCCGCCCCACCCCGCGCGGAUGCCGAAGGUGAAGGCGCUGCAAUGCGCUCUGGCGCUGGAGAUCCGCUCCGUAACUUGUCCAGGAGUGGUGCUGAAAGACAAGGAGGACAUCUAUCUUAGCAUCUGUGUGUUUGGCCAAUACAAAAAGACACAAUGUGUCCCAGCCAAUUUUCCACUGGUCUUCAAUGCCAGAAUGGUGUUUGAAAAGGUGUUCCCUGAAGCAGUAGACCCUGGAGAUGUGGUUGCACAGCUUGAAUAUGAUACUGCAUUGUUUGAGUUGAUUCAACUAGUUCCACCAGUGGGUGAAACACUGUCUACAUAUGAUGAAAAUACACGAGAUUUCAUGUUCCCGGGUCCAAACCAAAUUUCUGGACACCAUGAUUCAAACCGCCAGGUUACCAUGAGGAGGAUUUCUGGCCUUCGAGGAAUUGCUCCAAAGCUGGAAUUUUCUACGACCUCAGUGAUAACUGAAUGUCUGAUAAGCUCGAGGAAGUGCCGCACUCAGGAUAAAUUUAUUUACCAUACGGCUCCAGUUGAAAAAUCACAUGGCAGACUGCAAAGCAGAACAUCAAGAUCACAGAAGAAAAAAUCCAAGUCACCUGAGAGAAAUAAAUAUUGCAUAAAUGCAAAAAACUACGAACAGCCUACAAUUUCUUCAAAAUCACACUCUCCAUCUCCCUACACAAAGAGACGCAUGUGUGAGCUAUCUGAAGACACCAGGCGGCGGCUGGCCCAUUUAAAUCUGGGACCCUAUGAAUUCAAAAAAGAAACAGAUAAACCUCCAUUUGUGAUUAGACAUGUCGACCCUCCAAGUCCCAGGGCCGAUGCUUUAUUUGGUUCUUCGGGCAGAGACUGUGAAAGAGAUGGAUGGUCCAGGAUGCACAAUGAUCAUUCUCAUCUUGGUUGCUACCGACCCAAGGAUUAUAAGGUUAUCAGGACACCCCAUGGGAGAGACUACGAUGACUCCUUGGAAAGGUGUGAUGAGUAUUUAAGCUCAAGGUCAUGUAGCAAGCCCCAGAAUUCAGCAAGGACCCUACUAGUCCAUUCAGCACCCUCAACAAUGCCGAAGCAUUCUCCAAGUCCUGUGCUUAAUCGAGCUUCUCUCAGGGAAAGAUUCCAUUCUGAUUGGUGUUCACCUUCAAACUGCGAUGAGAUCCAUGACCGGGUAAAAAAUGUCUUGAAAUCACAUCAGGCUCAUCAAAGACAUUUAUAUGAUGAGAGAGACCCAGAGAAAGAAGAUGAACUGGAGCUGAAAAGAGGUCUUUUAUACAGAGACUCUGCCUAUGACAGUGACCCAGAGUAUAGCUCAUUUCAGCGGCCACAUGACACUCUCCAUUUGGAUGACGGUGAAUACUGGUCCAACAGGGCAGCGUCUUAUAAAGGAAAAUCCCACCGACCCCUCUUUGAGAACAGCAUGGACAAGAUAUACAGGAACUUAUACAAAAAGGCCUGUAGUUCUGUUUCUCACACCCAGGAAAGCUUCUGAGACCAUCCAUGAUAAACUAUAUGGGUGUCUGUGUCAACUUCUCAAUGAAAACGUUUGAUGUGAUCAAUAUCUGUAUUCUUUUUUUUUUUUUUUAAAGGUGGUUCUGAGUACAGUAGUUAGAUGUGAGUAAGUUCAUUACUUCAGGUGGUAAAUGAUUGUAGGCAAUCCUUUUCUUCAUCAUAGAAGAGAGUGCUGUCCCAAAAGUCAAAGCUCCACACUGCAUCACAACUUCCAAUCUGGUUAUGAGAAAAGGCUGUUUUGCCCCGUAACCUCCUGUCUCCACCCACACAUCCAAGAAUAGAUUCUCUCUGGAAAUGCUCUCCUGCCUUAAUCACCUUAUGAUUUUCUUUUCAUCUGUUUGAUUAGUUAUCUUGUCUAAGAUUAAUAUUAACUCCCUUUUCUUGAUAAUGACCAAAAUGAUAUACUGUAUAGAAGUGAAAUGAAUUUCCUGAGUUUAAACCUCAUUUUAACUAGUAUUUUUUAUUUACUUCUCCCUGCAGAAAAUUUAUACUUCUUAGCUAAUAAGAAAUAACUUUAUUUUUAAAGUUUAUACAAUCAUUCACUUCCUCUUCUCUAAAACAAGUACCUAAGUUACCUACAAUAUAUAACAGUUAGCUAGAAAUAGCAGUGGCCAUGUGUGACCCAAAGUGUGAAUAACUGAUUUUUAAAGAUAGAAUUCUUUGUAUGAUUUUCACUUAAGGCCCUAUCUUGUGGCGCAACCAGAAUCAGAAGAUAGCUUUUGUUAGUAAGCAAGUAGAGACUGAGAAAAAAUAAAGGGAUUUUGUUGUAAUUUUAAACUCUUUAGAGUUGUCAUAGGUACCAAAUGGCCCAAGAAAGUAGUAUCCUUAGUUAGAGCACACUUGGGACCAUAAAUAGGAUUAAAACAUUAUACAGAGUACUUUGUACCGGCAAGUCUGGUAGUUGAUAAAAUUAUCCCCCAUAGACACACCUAUGAGACCAGUGAAUCUUUGAAGAUAUGAAGAAAUCGGUCACCUCAUAUUUGCCAGAGUCAGUGGAGGGAAAGCAGAGAAUAGGAAAUAAGUGAACUUGGCUUACAGGCUUGGAGAGUUGACUACGAGGUACUGUUUUCUCAUUGGCUGCACCUUUGGUUCAUUCUAUAGUUACGAUUAAAAAAAAAAAUUAACAUGUGAAA